GAUUAAUCACAAUACAUCGAAAAAAUGUGAAUUGGUAAAAACAACUAUAACUGAAAAUAAAUCAUAAUUACCUAAACAUGUGAAAGGUCAAACGAAAAAUUCGUAUAAUAUUUCAAAUGAGCUCUACAAAAUGUUUCGUGCUGCUUGGCCCCUUCAAACGACCAAAAGUGCAGUGCCAAGUGAUAAAUUGAUUAACGAAAAUGCUGUGCAAUUAAACAUUUGGCCGCAAUUGUAUGAAAAUUUAUGCAAAUCAAAGCCGAGCGAUGACUGCGUGGCGAGCAACAUCAAAAGGCCACGAGCAACACCAACAGCAGCAGCAACAAGAAGCAGGAAGCAGCAGCAACAACCUGGUUGCCACACCGGCAACAUCGCGCCAUUGCAAUUUGCAUUUAAUUGUUGUGAUUAUCUUGGCCUGCUGCACACGCUGGCUCUAUGGUUUGCCGGAUGGUCGUGCCACCUGCCGCUCAGUGCCUGGAUUGACCAAGGAUCAAGUGGAGCUCUGCUACAAGGCCAGUGAUGUGACGGCAGCAGCUCUCGAAGGACUCGACAUGGCCAUUCGUGAAUGCCAAAUACAGUUUCAAUGGCAUCGCUGGAACUGUUCGUCGCUGAGCACAAAGAGCCGCAAUCCGCAUGCCUCCAGUUUGCUGAAGAAAGGCUACCGGGAGAGUGCGUUCGCCUUUGCCAUAUCGGCCGCCGGGGUGGCCCACAGUGUGGCCCGUGCCUGCAGUCAAGGUCGUUUGAUGUCCUGCGGCUGCGACCCGACCAUCAACCGCAAAACGCUCAACAAGAACCUGCGCCAGUCGCUCGACAAGGAGAAGAAGCAGUUCCUCCAGUACUUGGAGACGAACCAGAUUCUAACGCCCGAGGAGGAGAAGAAGUACGAGCGCUCCAAGAUCGCCAGUCGCUGGAAGUGGGGCGGCUGCUCCCACAACAUGGACUUCGGGGUCGAGUACUCCAAGCUGUUCCUCGACUGCCGCGAGAAGGCCGGCGACAUCCAGUCGAAGAUCAAUCUGCACAACAAUCACGCCGGCAGGAUAGCCGUCUCCAACAACAUGGAGUUCCGCUGCAAGUGCCAUGGAAUGUCCGGCAGCUGCCAGCUGAAGACCUGCUGGAAGUCCGCCCCCGACUUCCACAUCGUGGGCAAGGUUCUAAAGCACUCGUUUCGCAAGGCCAUUCUCGUGGAUCAAUCGAAUCUGGGCAACGGGGAGCCCGUGGUUGUUUUGAAAAGAGCGCGCAAUAAGAAAUCGAAUGGGGCCAGUGGCUCGGGAUCCUCGUCAUCCGAUCUAGAUACCACGGAUGCAUCUGGGAGUCACGAUGGCGGCGGAACUGGUGAUUCUGAGACGCGGCGGCAUGACGAUCUCGGAGUGGAGCGGGGCACGCGGCAACCGAGCGCCGAUAAGAAUGCCGCAAGAAUGGCCCGCAAACUGGAGACCUCGUUGUUUUACUAUCAGCGCUCGCCAAACUUUUGUGAGCGGGAUUUGGGAGCUGAUAUACAGGGCACCGUGGGACGGAAGUGCAACCGGAACACGACGACCAGCGACGGAUGCACCUCCCUGUGCUGUGGGCGUGGCCACAGCCAAGUCAUCCAGCGGAGGGCGGAGCGGUGUCACUGUAAAUUUCAAUGGUGCUGUAAUGUGGAGUGCGAGGAGUGCCACGUGGAGGAAUGGAUUAGCAUAUGCAAUUGAGGGAAAUAACAAGGAAGUGGACGUGGAACGGGAACGGCAGCCUCAGCCACACGCAUAAGAAAAGACUUUUCUUCAAUCUAAAAAAAACUCUUAAGACACACACAAAAAUCAGUAUUAAAGAAAAACAUAACAUGCGCAAUAGGGCAAACAUCAAUAAACGUGUGUAAAUGCAAUGCUUAGUUUAGCAAUCUCCAUCCAUUUGGAAUACAUAUAAAUAUAUUUUGUAAAUACGAAUAAUAAGAUGCAUAAUUAGUCUGUCAAUCAGCUGACUUUCACUCGCGUUGGCAGUUUCCCUUUCACCUGGCGCUUUGGCCACCUGUGUCUCUGCUUUUUUGCUCUUGCACGUGAAUGUCGCCGCCACUAAUUGAAUUAGCCGGCUAAAUAGUUGUCCAAGGUGUGCACCCAGGUACUGCCCAUUGA